CCCUGCAACGGCAGACACUGCAAUAAAACUGCUGAAGCUACUUACAAUCUUACUCAACCCUUCAUCGGACAGCUCACCAACACUAAACCAGCAUAUCACUGAGCGUGUCACCCAGAUGUUUCCAUGACCUGGGUCAAAAGCGUGAACUGAUACUUCAGUUGUGUAUGGAACCUCCCCUGGUGUAAACUGACACAAACCAACCUUGAGGGGGUUGCUAUCUGGAGCCAAAUAUGUUCCAUCUAAUUAAGAAAGACAAGGAUGAGAGGAAGAAGGAGAAAAAAGACAGGAAGGACAAAAAGGAGAGGAUGUCCCAGGCAGAGCUGACGAGCCUGGACGAGAUGAGCCAGAGGCGGGGCUUCUUCAACCUCCACCGAGGAGGCUCUAAGAGGGACUCCAAGGUCAAGCUGGAGAUCUCCAGCCCCAUCCCUAUCAAGGUGGCUAGCAACACAGAGCUCAGCCUUACUGAUCUAGAUGCUGAUCGCUUCAGUAACCGUGGCAGCAUGGUCCUGGACCUGGGCCAGGUGAGUGCAGCCAGCUCCAGCGAUGACAUCAAGGGGGAGGGGGGACAGGACCCCCAUCGCAUCUCUGUGAAGGAGCGGGCGGCCAAGUUCGGUGGUCUGGCCAAGCAGAACUCCCAGGUGGACCAGAUCAUGAAGCCCUUCUCCUUCUCCCAGAGGAGCAAAGAGGAGAGUGCCUCUGAGGCUUCCACACCAAGCUCAACUCAACCAUCUCCCCAGUUAGAGGACAAGGUGUUUGACACCUACCACAGACAGGGUUCACAGCAGCAUCCCCAGGUCCGCAGCAGGGCUGGGAAGAAGGUUCACAUCCCAGAAGUGGUGGAGAAGACCUUCCCUGCAGAUCUGCGACUGCCUGGCGUCAUGGCUCCACCUAUGCCUGAGCCCAGGGAACUGGAGCUGCAGCGCCGCAACACAGGAGACUUUGGUUUCUCCUUGCGCCGCACCACCAUGCUGGACCGGAGGUCUGACGGUGGGGUCUACCGGAGGGUGGUCCACUUUGCUGAGCCUGGAGCCGGGACCAAGGACCUGGCGCUGGGUCUGGUGCCUGGAGACAGGUUGGUGGAGAUCAAUGGGCACAACGUGGAGAAUAAGAGCCGGGACGAGAUCGUGGAGAAGAUCCGUCAGUCUGGGGACUCUGUGAGGUUAAAGGUUCAGCCCAUCGUGGAGCUGAGUGAGCUGAGCCGCUGCUGGCUGAGGAGCAGUGAGGGGCUGCGCAGGGAGGCCUUCGAUGUGAAGACCGAGGAGCAGAUAGCUGCUGAGAAGGCCUGGUACGGCACAGAGAAAGUAUGGCUGGUUCACAAGGAUGGAUUCUCCUUGGCGACCCUGUUGAAGACGGAGCCAGGCAGUCUGCCAGAGGGGAAAGUCAAGAUCCGACUGGAGAGCGACGGCUCGUUGCUGGAUGUGGAUGAAGAUGAUGUGGAGAAGGCCAACCCUCCAUUGUUUGACCGGGUGGAGGACCUGUCCUCACUGCAGUACCUCAAUGAGUCCAGUGUGAUGCACUCUCUGCGCCAGCGCUACGGGGGUAACCUCAUCCAUACCCACGCUGGGCCCAACAUGGUGGUCAUCAACCCCAUCAGCGCCCCCUCCAUGUACUCUGAGAAGGUGAUGCACAUGUUUAAGGGGUGCAGGAGAGAGGACACGGCACCUCACAUCUAUGGUGUUGCCCAGUCAGCCUAUAGGAACCUGUUGACCACGCGUCAGGACCAGUCCAUUGUGCUGCUGGGCAAGAGCGGCAGCGGCAAGACUAUCAACUGUCAACACCUGGUCCAGUACCUGGUCACCAUCGCCGGCAGCACUGGCAAGACCUUCUCUGCGGAGAAGUGGCAGGCGGUCUAUACCAUCCUGGAGGCCUUUGGGAACAGCUCCACCUCCAUGAACGGGAAUGCCAGUCGCUUUUCCCACAUCGUGUCCCUGGACUUUGACCAGGCUGGCCAGGUGGCCUCGGCCUCCAUUCAGACCAUGCUGUUGGAGAAGCUAAGGGUGACCAGGCGGCCAGAGGGAGAGUCCACCUUCAAUGUCUUCUACUACAUGAUGGCUGGAGCCGACAGUUCUCUAAAGACUGAGCUGCACUUUAACCACUUUGCUGAAAACAGCGCCUUCGGAAUCAUACCUCAACCCAAGUCUGAAGACAAGCAGCGGGCCUCCCAGCAAUUCACCAAGCUGCAGGCAGCUAUGAAGGUCCUGGGGAUCAGUGGGGAGGAGCAGAGGGCCUUCUGGCUGGUCCUGGGGGCCAUCUAUCAUCUAGGAGCUGCAGGGGCCACCAAGGUGUCAGUCAUCGAGGAAAUUGCCGGUAGGAAGCAGUUUGCACGUCACGAGUGGGCGCAGAAGGCUGCCUACCUGCUGGGCUGCACCCUGGAAGAGCUCUCCUCCUCGAUCUUCAAGCACCAGGCCAAAGGCACCCUGCCCAGAGCCAGCUCUAUACGCCAGGGGACAGACGAUGCAGCAGGAGAAGCUUCAGGUUCCAAGACCACAGCCAUGGAGUGUUUAGAAGCCAUGGCAUCUGGGCUGUACUCGGAGCUCUUCACCCUCCUCGUCUCCCUCAUCAACAGGGCUCUAAAGUCCAGCCAGCACUCUCUGUGCUCCCUGCUCAUCGUGGACACCCCGGGCUUUCAGAACCCUCGCCUGGCCAAGCGGGAGCGAGGAGCCACCUUUGAAGAGCUCUGCCAUAACUACACCCAGGAGCGCCUGCAGACACUGUUCUAUCAGCGCACCUUUGUACAGGAGCUAGAGAGAUACAAAGAGGAGAACAUAGAGCUUCCAUUAGAUGACAUGGAACCUAGCACCUCUCUGUCUGUAGCUGCAGUAGACCAAGCGUCAAGUCAAGCACUGGUGCGGACGCUGAGGACUGAUGAGGCGCGGGGCCUGUUGUGGCUGAUGGAGGAGGAGGCUCUGCAGCCUGGGGGUUCUGAGGACACUCUACUGGGACGUCUCUUCAGCUACUACGGCCCUGCCGAGGGCGAGAGCAAAGGUCACACCUUGCUGUUGAAGAGUGAGAGACUACAUCACUUCCUGCUGGGCCACAGCCAUGGUACAGACUGGGUGGAGUAUGACGCCCGUGGUUGGCUGAGCCAUGCUAAACAGAACCCUAUCUCGACCAACGCAGGGAGUCUCCUACAGGACUCCCAAAAGAAGAACAUCAGCGGUCUGUUUAUGAGUCGAGGCGGUGGGGCCACCAUCCUGUCAGGCUCCAUUGCUGGCCUCGAGGGCGUUUCCCAGCUGACCUUGCGGCGUGCCACCAGCAUGAGGAAGACCUUCACCACUGGGGUGGCAGCCGUCAAGAAGAAGUCCCUCUGCAUCCAGAUCAAACUACAAGUGGAUGCUCUGCUGGACACGGUAAGGAGGUCCAGGGUUCACUUUGUCCACUGCUUGCUGCCCAAUGCUGAUGCCCUGCGGGCGGGCAGAGGGGAGUUGGAGGCCCAGGGGGAGAGUGGAGACUCUGGCCUGAUGCAGCUGGAUGUGGCCCUGCUCCGGUCCCAGCUCCGCGGCUCCAAGCUGCUGGACGCCCUCAGAAUCUACAGACAAGGAUACCCUGAUCACAUGGUCUUCUCAGAAUUCCGCCGCCGCUUCGAUGUGCUGGCACCCCACCUGACCAAGAAACUUGGCCGCAACUACAUAGUGAAGGAUGAGAAGAGGGCGGUAGAGGAGCUGCUGGAGUCCCUGGACCUGGAGAAGAGCAGCUAUCACAUGGGACUGAGUAGGUUGUUCUUCAGAGCGGGGACCUUGGCUAAACUGGAGGAGCAGAGGGAUGAGCAGACCAGACGCAACAUCACCCUGUUCCAAGCAGCCUGCAGUGGGUACCUGGCCAGACAGGCCUUCAAGAAGAGGAAGACCCACGACCUGGCCAUCCGCUGCAUCCAGAAGAACAUCAAGAAGAACAAGGGAGUGAAGGGCUGGCCCUGGUGGAAGCUGUUCACCACCGUACGGCCGCUCAUCGAGGUGCAGCUCACAGAGGAACAGAUUCGAGGAAAAGAUGAGGAGAUCCAGCAUCUGAAGGGCAAGCUGGAGAAGACUGAGAAAGAGAGGAACGAACUGAGACUGAACAGUGAUCGACUGGAGAGCAGGAUCACAGAGUUGUCAGCGGAGCUUGCGGAUGAGAGGAACACUGGAGAGUCGGCCUCCCAGCUGCUGGAGACAGAGACGUCUGAGAGACUGAGACUGGAGAAAGACAUGAAAGACCUACAGGCUAAGUUUGACUUGAUGAAGAAGCAGAUGGAGUGUAUGGAGAUGGAGGUGAUGGAGGCUCGUCUCAUCAGAACGGCAGAGCUCAACGGGGACAUGGACGACGACGAUGAUGAUGCAGGAGGAGAGUGGCGGCUGAAGUACGACCGAGCCAUCCGGGAGACUGAGUUCACCAAGAAGAGACUUCAGCAGGAGUUUGAAGACAAGCUGGAGACGGAGCAGCAGAAUAAAAGACACCUGGAGAGAAGGCUGACUGACUUGCAGGCGGACAGUGAUGAGGUGCAGCGCUCUGUGCAGCAGCUGAAGAAGAAGUGUAGCAGAUUGACAGCUGAGCUGCAGGACACAAAGCUGCACCUGGAGGGCCAGCAGAGCCGCAACCACGACCUGGAGAAGAAACAGAGGAAGUUUGACUUGGAGCAGAACCAGGCCCAGGACGAGGUGCUGAGGGAGAAGAACCUGAGAGAGAAGCUGUGCCGGGAGAGAGACAUGAUGACUGGGGAGCUGUUCAGUCUGCGCCAGCAGCUGCAGGACAAAGACAUGGAGCUGUGUGCCGUCCAGCUGAAGGUGGAGCAGCUGGAUGCGGAGCUACAGGAUUUGUCCUCCCAGGAGUCCAAGGACGAGGCGUCGCUGUCCAAGACCAAGAAGACCCUGCGCGACCUGGAGGCCAAGGUCAAAGACCAGGAAGAGGAGCUGGACGAGCAGGCCGGGACCAUCCAGAUGCUGGAGCAGGCCAAGCUGCGCCUGGAGAUGGAGAUGGUGAGUCUGCGGCAGACCCACUCCAAAGACAUCGAGAGCAAAGAUGAGGAGGUGGAGGAGAUCAGGCAGUCCUGCAGUAAGAAGCUGAAGCAGAUGGAGGUACAGCUGGAGGAGGAGUAUGAUGACAAGCAGAAAGUCCUGCGUGAGAGGAGAGAGCUGGAGACCAAACUGCUGUCUGCCCAGGACCAGGUGGGCUGCAGGGACGUGGAGACAGAGAAGAGGCUGAGGAAGGACCUGAAACGCACCAAAGUGCUGCUGGCCGACGCCCAGAUUAUGCUGGACCACAUGAAGAACAACGCCCCCAGCAAGAGAGAGACCGCCCAGCUCAAAAACCAGCUGGAGGAGUCAGAGUUCACGUGUGCGGCGGCGGUGAAGUCUCGUAAGGGCAUGGAGAUAGAGAUCGAGGACCUGCACAUCCAGAUGGAGGACGUGGUCAAAGUCAAGAUGUCGCUUGAGGAGCAGGUGUCCCGCUUGCAAAGGGAGAAGAACGACCUGCAGUCUCGUAUGGAGGAGGACCAGGAGGACAUGAACGAGCUGAUGAAGAAACACAAGGCUGCCGUCUCCCAGUCUGCCAGAGACCUGGCCCAGAUCAGUGACCUGCAGGCCCAGCUGGAGGAAGCCAUGAAGGAGAAGCAGGAGAUCCAGGACAAGUUGCAGUCCCUGCAGAGCCAGCUGGAGUUCCAGGAGCAGUCCAUGGUGGAGAAGUCCCUGGUCAGCAGGCAGGAGGCCAAGAUCCGUGAGCUCGAGACCAAGCUGGAGUACGAGAGGACCCAGAUCAAACGCCUGGAGAGCCUUACAGGUCGUCUGAAGGAGAACCUGGAGAAGAUGACAGAGGAGAGAGACCACCGCGGUAAUGGAGAGAACAGGGAGAAGGAGCAGAACAAGCGCAUACAGAGACAGAUGAGGGACAUCAAAGAGGAGAUGGCUGAGCUGUCCAAGAAGGAGGCCGAGGCCAGCCGCAAGAAGCACGAGCUGGAAAUGGACAUAGAGAGUCUGGAGGCAGCCAAUCAGAGUCUGCAGGCAGACCUCAAGCUGGCCUUCAAGAGGAUUGGAGACUUGCAGGCCGCCAUAGAGGAUGAGAUGGUCGACAGUGACGGUGACGAUGACCUCGUGAACAAUUUACAAGACAUGGUGACAAAGUAUCAGAAACGAAAGAACAAAACUGGUGACGAGUCGGACACGGACUCAGAGGUGGAGGACCGUGUGGACGGGGUCAAGUCCUGGCUGUCCAAGAAUAAGGGCUCCACCAAGACUCUGUCAGAUGAGGGCAGUCUGAAGAACUCCAGCCCUCCUCUGUACCGGAGACACCUCAGUGAAGAGGACAAAGAGGAGAGGCGUUCGAGCAGACACUCCCUGAAGGAAAGUGACAGUGAUAGCAAGCUGGCAGAGUCCACAGCGUAACAGAGACGGUCACAUCUCUCACUACCACCACCAUCCUACACGAACACACCAGAGACAGAUAUAAUGCUUUAUUUAAUCAAAAUACACCUCCCCAUACCAUCCUCAUUUGAACAUCGGUGAGCAAUGCUAGCUAGAACCAGAUGCAAGAACAGGGGAAGGUCAGAGUGCACAUACUGUGGAACUCACCGUGGUUCAAUCUAAAUGGAAUGUGGCAUAGCCAUUUUCUGUGGCUACGAAGAGCUUUGAAGAAUUCUUUACAGGGUGAUUUGGAAAAGUGAAAUUCCAUCAUAGAAUCUUACAGCAUAGUGGCCACCUCAGCUCUGCAGCUUUGAAUCAAUAUAAGUAUAGAGCUUAGCACCAAUGGCAUAUUUUAAGAUAUAUCUGUAGAGCUUAUUACCACUGGCUUAUUUAAGAGAACUGCUUUUCAUAGGCUAACUUAUGCUCCUGCUGUCAUCUGUUGUUUGAGGACUGGAGAGCUUGUGGUUUAUUCAAAUGACUGUAGCAGGAUCGGUUUAAGUCUCCCUUACAAUGUGACCUCUCACUGCAGGCCCAUAUGCCUGACAGUCCAGCUUAUCCUCCUUAGCACUUAGAAAUGCCAUUGUCUCCUCUACAUGUGUUCGGACUGUCUCUGGUCAUGCGUUUCAAACAAUAUUUAGCCAAUAUCAGUAACUAGAAGAAAGAAUUAUCUUGUUUCGAGACUGUUUUGUUUUUCUAUCAAUGUUGGAAAGUAUGGUUCUUAUUGAACGGGAGGGGGAGCUGCUUUGAGGGAAAAGGAUUGGAUCUGCUACAUUUGCAUACAGUAGUUCAUGCUGGAAUGGUUUUUGGUCUUGCUCGUUUAAAGCUCUGCCAUGCUUUUGUCUCCUCGUGUCAUGUCUGUUGGUUUUCAAAGGGAAUAUAUUUACUAUCUGUUGUGACGGGGGGCUUUCUAGGGAUCUUCAUCUUUCAAGAUACACAUGCGCUGGAUAUAAAAAAGAAUAAGAAUUAAAUCUUUUUUUUUGACAAAUGGCCUUAGUGCUAUAAGCCCACCUCCCUUAUGGGGAAAAACAUGUAUGCGACAAAAGUUAUAAUGUAUUCUGAACGAAAAUAUAAACGCAACAUGUGAAGUGUUGGUAUCAUGAUUUCAUGAACUGAAAUAAAAAUAUCCCAGAAUUUUACCAAAUCCACAGAAAGCUUAUCUCUCUCAAAUCUUGAGAUUUCUCCCAAUUUUUACAUCCCUGUUAGUGAGCAUUUCUCCUCUGCCAAGAGAAUCCAUCCACCUGACAGAUGUGGCAUAUCAAGAGGCUGAUUAAACAGCAUCAUUACAUAGGUGCACCUUGUGCUGCGCAAUAUAAAAGGCUCUAAAAUGUGCACAACACAAAGUUUUGAGGGAGUGUGCAAUUGGCAUGCUGACUGCAGGAAUAUCCACCAGAGCUGUUGUCAGAGAAUUUAAUUUCUCUACCAUAAGCUGCCUCCAAUGUUGUUUUAGAGAAUUUGGCAGUAUGUCCAACAGACCAUAUGUAGCCACGCCAGCCAAGGACCACCACAUCUGGCUUCUUCACCUGCUGGAUCGUCUGAGACCAGCCACCCGGACAGCUGAGGAGUAUUCCUGUCUGUAAAAAAAAAAACUUUUGUGUAGAAAAAAAACAUUCUAAUUUGCAGUGCCUUGCUCCCCAGUGGGUGGGCCAAUCUCUCAUAGGCCCAACCACGGCUGCGCCCCUGCCCAGUCAUGUGAGGGACAACUUAUUUCAAUUGACUGAUUUCCUUAUAUGAACUGUAACUCAGUAAAAUCUUUGAAAUUGUUGCAUGUUGCGUUUUAUAUUUUUGUUCAGUAUAAAUCCUCUGAGAUCACUGGAAGAAUUUGCUCAUGUAGGAUACAUUGUAUCUGUAUUUGGCCUUACUGAGUGACAAUGAUAUCCUUUAGAUUAACGUGACCUUAUUAAUUUAUUAAUAAAUAUGCAAAUGUUGUAUCUCUAUGUAGAAUAGUGUGGUGAAGGGUGUUUGCGUAUGUACACAAGUGUAUAUCUGUGUGCGUGUCCAUGUUUCCGUUGCUUCUAUCUGUUCAUGUGUGUGGGACAGACUAUUUGCAUAUAUUUUCUUGUUUUCACACUUCUAGUUUUUUUUAUGCAUUAGGUACGAAUAUAAUACGGAACACUGGACACUUUGUCAAUGCUUCCGAGUUGUGGAUUUGUUAAAUAAAAAUAUGUACGUUUAAUGUUUGUUUUUGCAUCUGAAUAGGCAUUGUUGGCUUUCCAAAAUAUUAAUAUAUAACAUGUUUGAAAUGGAUUGUAUAUUCAUCAAAGCUUUUCAAACAGGUUUGUUUAUUUUCAUGAUAUUGAACAAUUGACCACUUGUGAUAGGAAUGCUUUUUUUUGGCAUGAAUUUGAAUGUAAAUAAAUGCAGGGGUUUGUUUACAGUAA